AUGGAAUCUGAGAAUAAUUGUGAUUCCCCUCCCACGGAUCCGCCGUUUUCCCAGGCCCGCGAGUGUGUUAUUGACCAGAACAAUGAGCUCGACAGCAAGCAUUUGUUCAGGUUGCUGGUGUACACGAAGCACACAGCACUUAGUAGACUGAAGCUAGUGGACAGCGUGGACUUUAAGAAGGAGUUUCUGGUCCUGCACGAAGCACACCGAACAAUAUACAGCCUAAGGUCGAAGCUGCUGAAGCACUCGAAGCAUAAGUCGUCACCGUCAUCAGUGAAGACGAACACGAAGAGGAUAUUUGCAGACAUGCUGAUGUCAUUUAAGAAGUGCGACGGACUGUUCAAGGCGAAGGCAGACGAAGCUUGUAAGCUUAAGGUGCAGACCGACGAGUCGACCUCACUGUCAAUAGACCUGGGCUCGCUGCUGAGAGUAAUAUCAGUGAAGGACAUGUUCCUGAAGAAGCUGGACCCGAACGACGAAUUCAUCCUGGGCCACUGCCUGGACAUAAUCAAGAGCAAGUACAACUACGACUUCAGCACGCUGGUCUCUCACUGGAACGUAAUUAACCAAAUCUUCCUGUGCAACUACCACGAAGUCCAAGUGAUGUCGAAGGAGAAUAAGGGCUCACAUUCGAAUCCGCUUAAGCUGGACGACACGAUACCGUUGAUAUACGAGCUGUAUAACAACAUAGGGAAGUACAGAAACGAGCUUAGAGAAAAAAUAUUAGAUUCAAAAGUACUGGAACACAAACUAGUUAAAGAAGAAGAGGAGGAGGAAAAAAAGAAGGAAGAAAGUAAAAUGAUAAAUAGAAAAGGGAAGAUUCAAGAGAAGGGCACGGAGAUGAAAAGUUUUGAGCAUUUGGCAAAGAGGGUGCACAAGGAUCUGGAAAACAACCACGUACUGCUAAACAUAAGAAUAUUUGAGCUGAACAAGAGCACAGUGGAGGACGUGACAACAGCAAUAAAGCCAGUUCUGAAGGAGAUCAGAGACGAAAUACAGAGCCAAGAGUGCGACUACCAGUACUGGAUGGGCAUGUUCACGCAAAACUACGAGCCGCCGAAAAGUAGCGAGGCGGAGGAGGUGUACAGAGUGCUGAGCACAGUGCUGGACUUCAGCUUCGGACACAACCUGUACGACCUGGGAGACCUGACGACGGACCUGAUCUUCACGUUCGCAAUGAGAGACCCGAACCUGAGCAGGCUUCUGCGGAGUUUCACGAAGUACUUCGACGGAGUGCUGCUGCCAGCGUUCAUGAAGUACGCAGCGGAGCUGAGGUCGAUGACGUCGGACAGCUACAGCAGCAUCUGGAUCCCGAGUCUGCCGAGUCUGGAGUCAGUGCUGAGCUUCGAGUACCUGGCGCUGCAGUACCCAGUGAUGCCCUACGUCCCGGGCCCGCAGGACUUCGACUGGCCGAUCUCGCUGAUACCGAAGUCAGGAACGUUCGUGAUGAGGCUGGACAUAGAAAUCCUGGACAGAAUCGACUACACGAAGAUAUACACGCCGAAGGCGAACCCGUUCAAUCUGAAGAUAACGAUCAAAAACACGAACACGAAGGGGGAUCCUAAGGAGUACGUGUUGAGAGCAUACGGAAACGCGUUCUUCGUGUCAAACCCGAAGAAGAGGCAGAUCAACGCAGGCUCGAGUAAGCUGUGUCUGGAGAUACUGUUCAACAACAGCACAGCAGUGCUCUUCACGAACGGCACGUACUUCGACUCUAUCAAGUUCGCACAAGAGUCGCUGGACUUCUUCGAGUUGGAAGUGUACUACAGAGUGGAGACGGUAAACCUUAGGCAGUACUACACGCUGACGCCGGGAUUCAGAAAGUACCUGAUCAAGUCGAACCUGCUGCACCACCACAUCUUCGUGACGAGCGACGAGUGCACGAAGAUCAGCGUGGAGCGGCCGAGCACGAGAAGGGUCGCGAAGGAAGCACAGCUGGUGACGACGAGGUCGGAGCUGGAGUCCACAGGCUACGUGAGGAGAGUGUUCGACAACUUCGCCUUCUUCUCAAUGGCGCUCUCGAGCGUGCACAUGGCCACAGCGAACAUCAACUUCAGCAUCACGAUGCACAGCAGGUUCGACCCGCUGAGCAGAAAUGCGCUGGAGUGCCUGGACGCAGUGUUUGAGCUGCUGGUGAGAAUGUUCGAGCUGACGUCGGAGAUGGCGCUGGAGGGAGACCUCAGGAUGCUGUCGGAGGUGGCCUCAGUGAACGUGAUCACGCUGUGGAGGCUGAUGUCGGAGGCGCUGAUAUCAGCGCUCUCAGUGGUGGAGAUGCUGUUCUCGCUGAAAAUCGAGGCGGAGGAGUACCCUGAAAACUUCCUCAACAACCUGUCGAAGAUACUGAUAGAGGCGAUCAAGUAUAAGUGCACAUUUAGAGUGGACGGACAGAUCAGCGAGUAUCACCACCCAAUAGACCUGGUGUCGCUGUCGAACACAGUGAACAACAUAUCGAUAGGGAUCCUGGGCUCAAACUCGCAAAUAUUCAAGCAGCUGUUCUCAACGUCGCCAAUACAAGUGCUCUCGGAAAUCCUGCUCUCAAUAGCGUACUCGGACCUUCAUUACGUGUCGGACCUGACGGUCCUGGCGAAAAACAGAACGCUGGAGGCUCUCAACGAGGGAAUGUGCAUAGAAAUAUUCACAAAGAGAGCACUCUCUCACGUGUUCGACGACAGAAAGGCGACGCAGAAGGGAGGCGCGGGAGGAGGAAUCUCGAACUUCUGGUGGAACCUGAUAUCGGAGCUGCUGGAGGCGGACAUGAAUUGCCUGCACAGCGACGGAGGAAGAACAUUCAGCUACUGCACGUGCAAAGGAAGCCUGAGCGACCUCUCGCUGCUGGACCCGAUGUUCGACUACUGCACCUUCUGCCUGAGGAAGUACUUCAACUACUUCUCCUCAAUCACGUCGCUCAACUACCACAUGACGAAGCUGUACACGAGCGAGUCAUUCUGCUCAAUACUGAGGCCGUCGAUGAUGCUCUGCAGAAUACUGCUGAAGCACGGAACUAUCAUAUUGCUCUUCGACCUCUACGACUCGGAGUACAACAGGAAGAAGAUCUACGAGCCGCUGAGCCAGAGCGGAGACGGGUACUACCCGCUGGAAGUGCUCGAGUUCGAAAGGUACUACUACGCGCUCUUCGAGCCGAGCAACCUGAAGCUGAUAGAAAGCAUCCUGGUGUACCUGCUGAAGAUGAAGGAGAACAUACUGACGAUCAUGAGCGACCGAGUGGACAUCCUCUCGAAGUACAUACUCGACUACUUCGGGCUACUGCUGCACAACUUCGUGAGCUGCCUCUCGCUGCUGGAAGUGCUCUCGUACUACGCGGAGUUCAUGGAGCUGGUGCUGGCGAACAACGGGUGUCUGUUCCACCUGGCCUCCUUCGCGUGCAUUAACCUGAUGCCGUACCUGAUCAAGGUGAUUCUCCUCUACAACAAAAUCUUCAAGGCGUACUCGGCGAAGUACCAAAAGUUCAGCCCCUUCAUGAACUACCUGACGGUGCAGUUCUCGAGCCUGUUCCUGAUCUUCAUGAAACUGGUGCACUACGUGUACAUGAACACGGAUAAGCUGAGGUACAGGGACCUGGAGGGCGUGAGGGGAGCGGAUCUUCCGAGGGAAGGCGACCCUGAGGGAAACCACAGCCUGAGCUCGCUGAAGGACAAGCAGUACCAGCUGAAGUUCCCGAAGUGCGUGACGAGCCGCCUGGACUUCAAUUUCACGCUCCAGAACGGCAGUUCAAUGAGCAGUGGGUUCGGAGGAGCCCCGAACGCAGUGACGCCGAACGCAGAAGCCCCAUCGGCACAUAACCCGGAAUCGGCGACCAGGACAAACCAAUGCGCAGACAAUGAAACGUGGAGCAACCUGGACAGUGACUGCAGCUCGGAGGCAAACGAGAGUUGCAGUUCUGAGGAGGAGGAAAGGGAGUUUGAAAUAUGCAAGUCGCUGAGAAGGCUUCUGAUCCUUGUGCAGGACUUCAACUACGUCAAGGGGUCGACCGUGGCGUUCAAAAACAUAAAGGAAGUGGACGCCUUCAUAUCAAAGAAGCACGGAGAAGGGCAGGGAGUGAGAAGGAUGAGUGAUGUAACGUCAGGACUGCUUAACAUGGAAAAGUGGGCAGUGAACCUGCUGAUAGACUACAUGAACCCAGUGCACCCGCACCUGGUGAAGACGCAGUACACGCUGGCGGCGCUCUUUAUUCACCUGCAGGGCUGGGCGGAACAGGAGGAAAGUGACCAGCCAGGAGAGUACAGAAGUUUCGGAAGCCACCCUCACCCGCACGGCUCGUACUCGGACCCGAUCAAGUACUCGAACCAGGUGGCCUUCAGGAUCCUGAGGAAGUGCCAGGCAAUAAACACAAUCCAGGAAAUAAAGGACAAGGACGCACUGAGAGAGGCGUACCUGGAAGAUGUGAGGGCGCGGUGCAUAUGGCUGAUAAAAAUAUCGAACGAGGGGCACUACUCAGGAAGGCAGAGCUGCGAAAACAGCUCCGAGAAGCUGACGACCACGUACAAAGUGGUGGACCACUUCAAGACGACCAUGGAGAAGGCAGCGCCGACGCUGAGAAGAAGUAACUCGACAAUGCACCUCAACGCGGAGCCGCUCGUGGUGCAGGACGGGAAGAUGGCGCAGGAGUCGCUGAAGAAGGUGAUCAUCAUGGGCGCGAAGGGAGGAGGUCAUGGCGCACAAAUGGCACAGGAGAGCCCGAGGCAGAGCGCAAGUAGCCUGGAAGGAGACAUGGACGAGAUAAUAGACUUCAUCCUCAACGGGCCGUCAGAGCAAGAGUGCAACAACAGGCUGAUGAUGCUGAGAAUGAGCUGGCUGAUAAGACUCUCGCUCCUGUCGAGCGUAAACGCACUGAUCUACAGCUUCCUGGACCAGCAGUACACGAACGGGCCGUCUACCUUCAGACAGACCUACAGGCCGCUGAUACUGGACCUGAUACUGGAGAAGGAGGUCGCCGGCGGCCCGGGAGGCGAGGAGGAAAGGGGCAGAAGGGAGCUGACGGCGACGAAGAACAUGAACCAGACGCUGGAAAUAUUCUGGUACAUCCUUAUCCAGAAGCUGAGGAGCCUGGUGCUCUGCACGCUCAAGGACGCAAACUUCGACCUGGUAAACGGAGUGAGAGUGGUGCCGAGCGCAUACGCGAGAGCGGUCAACGAGUACAUGUCGGGAAUACUGGAAAGCGUCUGCGACUGGUACAUAAGGAGCGGAAUCACGACGAUCGACUCGACGAACUACACGAAGGUAAACAUGAACUUCUGGCUGGAAAUCUCGCUCUCGUUCUUCUCGCUGCUGUACUCGCUGGGCCUGGAGCCGAUGACAGACGCAAGGUACUCGCACCAAAUAUUCAACCACCUCUUCACAGUGCUGCACCCGCUGCCGAUGGCAGAUCUGAAGCAGGCAAUGUCAAACCAGACGAGUCUGUCGUGCUACACAAUAGAGGCAGUGAUCGUGGCGUACAUCUCGGAGUCGUUCGGAGCAAACUUCGAAGACACAGUGGAAAACCUGUUCUCGUGCCUGAAGACGAGGAAGUUCACGAGGAAGGACAAGGUGGCAGUGGAGGGAGGAACGCUGUACCUGCUGGUGAGAAGGUCCUCGAAGCUGCCGGACAUGUUCAGGCCGGACCAGCCAAACGACCUGAAGUUCAGACACCUGUGGAGCUUCCCGAAAAUAUCGCUGACGACGGACGGAUUCGGACAGUUUCUGAUCUAUAACUUCGAAAGCAUAAACACAAUAGAGGCGCUGGAAGGCCCGGGAAGUCCGCCGACGGGGAGCAAGGGUUCAGGAAGGAGCUCAGGAGGCUGGGUGAGCAUGCUGGACAACGACAUCAUCCUCUGGAGAAUGGAAAACUCCUCGUACCUGAUCACGGAGGUGGCGCUGACGAAGAGAACGAACCACAACGUUAACCUGGUGAUCAGCAGCACGAGGGAGAUCAACGUGUUCCUGACGCUGACGAAGAACCUGAGCAGUAAGAAGACGACGGAAAUAGAGCUGCCGCUGGUGAAUUACCUGGGAGGAAGCCUGCAAGUGGAAGGACUAAAUGGAACGUGGUCGCAGGUGGUGGGAUUCACGCGCUUCGACGACCUGUACAAAAUGAGAGUGCACCUGUACCACCUGAUGAAGUACCUGCUCUGGGUGGAGCUGGGAACGAACCUGCACACGAGCGGAAACAGAGAAGUGAGCGACAACGGAGGACUGCUGCUAAAAAUACUCUUCAAGUACCUGCGAAGCACGGCGCUGCAGAUCUACAGGCUGGGCACGAGCUGCAACUGCAAGGACAAGACGGAAAACGUGAGCAUCAAGUACACGUGCAGCAACAUCUCGACAGGAUUUAAGUACGCGAAGGAGGUGCAGGGCUACCUGGUCGACAGCGACGACUACAUGGACAAGCCGCUCAUCUCGAGGAGCUGCUCGCUGUGCUCAAGUAACCUGAUCUACAAGAAGGAGAUGGACUUCUUCUGGGGGAACAUACUGUCGUGCCUGAUAGAGCUUGUGAGCUUCUGCAACAACUACAACCUGGUCUACCUGGUGCUGCACAGCCUGCUGACGACAUUCACGCUCGGCGAGAGGCAGGUGCAGGCGUUCCUGUCAAUGGACUACCUGGGACAGAGGUUCUGCAACCUGCUGGUGGUGGCAAUAAAGCAGCUGUCCUCGACGUCGGUGGCGAGUCAGAUCCCAGCGUACCCGAAGACGAGCGCGACAAAGGCGAGGAAGUUCGGAGUUAACAACUUCAGCUACCUGAACACGCUGCUGGCGGCGCCGAAGAUACACGGAGUAUUCGUGCUCAAGUGGCUGCCGCCGCUGAAGCAGGUGCCGCUCGAGUGCAUCUACGCGACGCUGAAGGAAAACUUCCAGUCGAUACUGAUCAGCAAGCCGCUGAGGCCGAAGAAGAACAUAGAGCCGAACGACCCGUUCGUCAUGCUGCCGCACUCGGAGCACUUCGUGACCCACAGGACGAGCGAGGACUUCGAGGCGGACAUCUCGGGGAACACGCUGCAGGUGGUGAGAGCUAACAACCUGGGAGGAAUCGUGAUGUACAGGAUCCCGACGACGCUGGGCUCGAGCUCGACGCAGCUGAGCGCGAACUUCUACCUGCACAACGCAGGAAGGUUCGGAAUAACAGUGGCGCCGGCAGACUGCAUCUUCGGCUCGCUGCCGGACCUGUUCGAGAGGAACGACGUAGUGGGAUUCACGCACUCGAACACGUCGCCGCUGAUGACGCACGCAUUCGCAGCGACGAUAGGGUACUCGCUGGGCGACGUGCUGACGGCGCACUUCACAAUAGACACGCAGGACGACGGGCAGUUGUGCCUGAGGACGGAGCUGCUGAUCGGAGGGAACUCGAUAGGCUCAGUGCUCGAGGUGGUCUACGACCCAAUCACGCAGAACGACCUGUCGAGAAGGAUGUCGCUGGUCUUCAUAUUCCAGGACCCGGCGACGAUACUGCUGCAAAACACGACGGUAAACGCGAACACGCAGGGGCAGCAGGGGCAGAGCAUGUCAAACCAGCAGCCAAGCAGCGGGGCGAACGCGCCGAACGAGUCGAACAUAAUUAACACGUUCCUGACGAGUAACAUGAGAAGGGAGAGGAUGAGCAACGGGAGUACGGUGGACGCAGUGGCGGGCGAGGGAGCAUUUAGCCUGGAGUCGGACGUCAUACCGACGGAGAGAACGGCGGGCCCGGCCGCAGUGGAGAGAGGAGUGUCCUCGAACAGCGACGUGGUGCGCACGCUCGACAGACUGGUCUCGAGAGAAACCUCGGGAACAGUGAGGUCGAUAUCAGUGGUGGGAGACUCAGUGCCUGUCUCGGAGCGAGCAAUGAGCAUCGAGUCGAACUUGAACCUGAUGAACGACCUCGACGAGCUCGGAGACGAGGGAGACCUGGACCUGCUGCUCGACGACAACAUGCUCAUGUUCAACUACGAAACCUACUUCAGCUGCGACGCGAAGGAACCAGAUCUCCUGGCGCUGGAAGCAGUGCCGCAGUGGGACGUGAGCUACGACGCAGCGGAGCAGGAGGCCUCGGAGGAAGUCUCCCUCAACCUCUGCAAGGACGAGUUCUGGGACAAGCUGCUGCGCGAGGACAAGUACACGUGCUUCUUCGGACUCUUCUCAGACUCGGUGCAAAUAUACCAGUCAGUGCUCUCAGUGAACGUGCCGAUGUUCUCGGGACUGAAGCACGAGCUGGUCUCUAAGGUGGUGGAGUGCUUCGACGACCUCUACAGCAUGCUCAACAGUAACCUGAAGUACAAUAAGCUGGAGUCGAAGGUGCGCGACUGCUUCAGCUGGCUCUGCGUGCUCUGCUGCGAGUACGACCGCGAAGUGUGGGACAAGAUGGCCGCGAGGGAGUUCAAGGUGGUCUCGGACUUUAGCCUGCCCUUCCUGCUGGGCUCCUCGUUCCCGGCGAGGACGCCGCUGGUGAGCCUGACGAACGAGCUGCUGCUGCAGCUGCUGAGGAGCAUCUCGAGGAUCCUGACGGUGAGGCUGGUGACGACGAGCAUGAGCGUGUACUCGACGAAGAGAGGCUCGGUGAGGUUCAUGCACUCGGACGUGCAGACGGACUCGCUGAUCCUGAUCGUGGGAGCGAAGUGCCUGCUGGCAGCAACACUGAUACUGAAGGUACUCUCGCACAGGUCCUACAAAAUAGACCUGCACGGAGGAGGCAGGGAGAGUCAUGAGUCGGAGGAGGCCAAGAGCGCCUGCGGAGACGAGUCGGCGCCGAAAAUGUCGAACGAGAAGCUGACGGAGAUGGUGGAGGGCCUGGUGAACUUCGUGGUCUACUUCCUGUCCUGCUGCAGCGACGAGCUGGUGACGUUCACGAACACGACCGAAAUCCUGCCCUUCUCGAAGCUCGAGUCGAUACUGAACAUACUGGGAGUGGACGCGAGCACGCUGAACACGCAGGCGACCUACAAGACGCACAAAAACACGCUGCAGUCAGUGGAGCUGCUGCAGCUGGACGAGCUCUGGAACACGAUCUACAGCAGCAACCCGAGCUUCGACCUGAUGCAGAGCCUGGUGAUGUCGCUGAUGAGGAAGGAGAAGGACCACGAGGACGAGGAGAUGGAGAAGAUACACGUAAAGAUGUUCGCGACGACGGAAAAGAGCUUCCACUUUGCAUCGAGGAUCCCAGCAGUGCGAAGGCACGUGAUGAGAAGGUCGCAGUUCUACAGGCUGAUUGAGCACGACGUCUACGAAAUGCUGCAGCCGCUGGUGCAGGUUUUCACCAGCCACUUCAAAAUGAGGAUACUGAGCAGGUGCACGACCACGCUCAGCCUCCUGAGAAGCAGCCUCGUGCACUUCGCGGCGACCGCGGACGCGAACGCGCUCGACUACUGGGAGUGCUGCACUGUGGACUACACGUCGCACAAGGGCAGGAACUUCAAGAGCAAAAUGGACCUCUUCUCGAGAGCGUCGGACCCGCUGUACGCGUGGCAGGCGCUGAUAUACAGCUGCUACGAACGCGAGGAGGACAAGAGCAAGCUUCUGAGAGUGCUCACGACGGAGCUGACCUACUGCGUGGUGCUGGCAAUAGGCUCGCUGAGCUUCGUUAAGUUCCUGGAGCCGGUCUAUUGGAUGCUCGACACGCUGGUGAGGCACCCGCUGUGCCCGUACGAGCUGCGCGAGGACCUGACGAACAAGGUGACGCUGAACAUGCUCUACUUCCUGUUCAUCAACGGCAUGGCCUCGCCGCCGAAAAUGGCGCACCUCUCGACGAGAAUACUGAACAACGCAAUGGCCUCGCUCACGAAGGGCGAGCUUGAGCAGGCGCUCUUCCUGACGAUGUACUUCGGAGCCACUGCCUUCAAGCGCGUGCAGUCGGUCUGCAACUUCUACGUGACCUCGGACCUGGACAUGUUCACGAACUUCGACCACAAGAGGCACGACCACAUGACGAGGCUGGCGACGGCGAACAUAGUGCACAGCUUCCUCACGGCCUUCGUGCUGCUGGUCGAGGCGAUCAACGAGCAGAGGGACCCCGAGGACGACGCAUUCAUAAGCAGCGGGCCGCUCUGGGACGCGAAGUUCCUGGACUUCUACAACAUGGGCGUGUACCUCUACCUGGCGAAAAACAGGAGGCUGACGAAGGCGAUGCUGCUGGGCAUGCUUUCGCUGCCAGUGCAGGUGUCUACGGAGACGACGGCGCAGAGCAUACCGAAGGCGCUCGACAAGCUGGGAAUCUCGCAGUACCAGAGCGCGCCGAUGCAGAACACGUACACCUCCUUCAAGACGUUCGGAAACAACUACGGCAUGGAAAGCGGCGCGAGGAGGCUGCUGAGCAGCAAGUUGGCAGAGUACAGCGAGUCGGGUCUCCCGAAGCUGCGGGACACUCUGAGCCCAGUGAAGCAGGCUCAGCCCGGUCAAGGGUCAAGAGGAAGUCACACGGGCGCGGAAAGGCGGAGAACGAGGGACCUGAGCGAGGAGUACUGCGAGUUCUACUACAUGAACUGCUCCAACAGGUACUUCGGAAUGCUGCUGAACCUGCCGGUGGAGGCGCCGACGAGGUUCCUCUUCUCGCAGUACAGAGACUUCUCAAAGGUGUUCGCGGAGCUGGUGGUGAGUCCGACGAGAGAGUUCGAGGCGAAGCCGGGCUUCCACCUGCUCGACGAGUACCUGAUGAACGUGUCAUUCAUGCGCUACAGGCUGGUAUUCGGAGACCGCAGCCUCUACAGAGUCGGCUACACAAAGAGCAGGUCGUUCGAAUGCGACUACAAGGAGUGCACGCGGGACCAGCUGUACAUCGCGGAGCACGAGGUGUACCUGGUGACGGACGCGCUGCAGGUGGAGAUGUACAUAAGCAACUCCUUCAUGUUCUGGAGGUUCAAGGGCAAGGUGAUGUCGGUGGAGCGCACCGACGGGGGAAGGUCGCUGCCGUUCCUGUACAUAACGGACAGGAGCGCAGUACAAGUGGCCUUUGACAUAACCAUACCGGUAAACAGCUGCUUCGUGAAGGCGCACGAAGAGACGUUUGAGACAAAGAGCCUGGGGAACGGAAAAGUGGUGACGCCGCCAAUCAGAACAGGGUUAUCAGUGCACAACACAAGGCCGCUCUUCCCGAACGUGUCGCUAAUCGACGUGAGCAAGAGCGCACUGGUGAAGCUGAACACGGACCUGCUGAUGAACAUGGAGCCGGACAACACGCUGCGGUUUGACCCGUGCCUGCCGUUUAGACUCUCAUUCAAGUUCGAAAGAGGCUUCGACGAGGAAACGAGCGCAGGGUUCUACGUGGGACUGAUCAGCAAGAGCGAGAAGCUGCUGUGGUACGCGAACGGAGACCUGCUGGUCUCGACGAAUUUCCACGUGCCUGCGAAGCCGGGGGAGUACAGGAAGAUCAAGUGCAUGCCCUACGAGGAGAAGGACGUGAUAUCGAUAUCGUUCGACCCGAUCAACUCGAGUCUGUACUUCACGAACAACGCGGCGACGCAGAAGCUUAACUUUUUCAACUACUAUUACCACAUAACGAACGUGCACACGAACUCGCUGAUCAACAGCAACAAGGACUCGCAAAGAGGGCUGGGAGAGAAUGGAGAGGAUGAACUGACGGAAGACGACGACAUCAGCCCCUUGAAGGAGGGAGGUGACUUGGGAAAGGACCUGAAGGAAGGGGAGACUAUCGUGGGCAACUACAGCGACCUCAACUUCACGUGCGCAGACAGAAGAAGCCUGAUCAACGCAAUCAUCUUCGACGACAUGAACAAGAUAAAGAAGUUCCUGGACUUCCCGUGCGAGCUCUUCGAAAACGGCUGCGACGACCACUUCGACGUGGAGGGAGACGACUACUUCCUCUUCUCGCCCAUCUACAUCGUGGCGAACCUGGGAAAACUGCCGAUGCUGAAGCUGAUAGCGACGAACAAGAACAUCAACUUCGACGUGAAGUCUGGGCCGUUCAAGACGACGCCGCUCAUGGGAGCAGUGAAGGCAGGGCACUACAACGUGGUCUACUACCUUAUCACAGUGCACUCGCUGGACAUCAACAGCCUCGACUCGAUCGGAAACAACUGCCUCUACUACGCAAUAAGAGCCUCGAAGCGCUACGACAACGACAUAGUGGAGCUGCUGCUCAACUUCGGAGUGAAGGUGCAGCCCUCGGCGAACUCGUGCUCAGUGCUGGACUUCCUGGACACGAUCCCGGGAGACACGGCGCUGCAGAAGAGGCUGAUCGACGAGUACAAGCUGCAGAGCGUGUAUACGAGCAGGCCCGGUUGGCCGCUGCUGCAGAACCUGCAAAUUGUGAUGUCGAGCAAGUUGCACGUGAAGUACAACAUAAAGAUAGACCCGCCGAGGCUGAGCCCAGUGGCGCAGGCGCCGACCGGCCAAGCGUCAAGAGGAAGUCACACAGGCGGGGAAAGGCAGAGAACGAGGGAGGAUGAAGAGGGAGGAGACAUCCUGGAGCUGAUGGGGAACUAUCUGGAGUCGUUCGGAGAGGAAGUGAAGGACAAGUUCAGCACGGCGGUGGACCUGGUGGCGGACAGCUUCCAAACAAUAAGGUCGCCCUCACCAGCGCGCGCCUCGGAGCCGGAGGUGUUCGAGGAGGAGAGGAUGAAGAAAAUGGACACGGAGUUCCAGAGCCUGCUGAAGACGCUGAGCGAGCACUAUAACUCGAUCAACAGCAACCUCUCGUACACAAGGUCGCUGGACAGAGGACCGACCAGAGUGGCGCAGUACGUAAGAGAAAGCGUGGAACUGAUAAGAAAACACGUGUAUAAAAUAGCCUCAGAGCUGGGACAGACGGGAGCACUGCCGAGAGUCCCGUCGACGGAAAUGGAGCUGUCGGCGUCGGAGAUGAUCAUGUACCACCUGACGAACCUGACGAAGGCGGUGGAGAGGUUCUCGAAGGAGGACAAGAAGCUUAAAAACUUCGUACUCCUGACAAAUCAAAUGGUGAAGACGGCGGCGACGACGAAGGAGAAGGAUGAGCUGCUGUGCAAGUACGUGAAGUACGAAAACGAGCUCGUGUCCUUCGGAGUGGCGCCGGAGGAGCUGAGGUUCUCAAGCAGGCUGGAGAAGAACGGGAAGAUCCUGAAGGAAAACGGAAUAAUAGAGAGCUGCGCGCACAACAAGACGAACUACGUGUACGUCACGACGAACGAGAAGCUGAUAAGCGGAAGGGGCGAGGUCAGGAAAGGGCCGCCGACGCUGACGAGGAGAAUGAACCUGAGAGUGACGGGGUCUCUGUACACCUUCGACGCACUGCGGCAGGCGAUGAACGAGUGCAUCACCUUCGAGAGGGACCGGUGCCUGGUAAGUUUGGUCGACCUGCUGAGGAACAGCAACAAGAAGCUGGCGACGCUCUCGAAGAUCCUGGUGCUCUCGAACGAGUGUUCGGACGUCCAGAAGUACCUGCCGCCCUCGGACUCGCAGCUGUGGUCGAGCGUGAGCGUGACGAUCGAGCACAUCUUCAACAACGUGUACGCGCUCAAGAAGGAUAUGCUGGGAAUAUUCGAGACGUACCCGCUCUCGCACAUAGACCUGCAGCUUCUACACACAGUGCUCACGAAGUCGCUGGAGGACCUGGACCUGCUCAAAAAUUUCGAGCCCCUGGAAAAUACGUCGGUAGAAUCUAGGCUGCUGGAGAUUUUGGGCUUCCUGGGCAUAGUGAACGCGGAAGUACAAAAUUCGCUGAAAAAAACUAGGGAUUUGAAGUCGAACGCGAGCAACAUAAAUUAUACAUUUAAUUUUACAGACGAAUACAGCAACAGAACGGAAAACGGCCAAAAUAGCAUGUCCAUAAGAGCUCUGUCAUCCCCACACCUAAUUAACAGAGUAGACCCGAAUAACCAGGAUACACAACUAAACUCAGUGUCACGGUUAUACCAGGAGAUAUUUAACAGCAGUAUUAGCCAAUCUGGCGGUAAUGUGUUGAUAGAAAGCCAGGGAAACAAGGAAGCAGCAAAUAGCCAGCAGAACGCGAGAGCCUUAGGGACCCGGACCCAAAAUGAUAAAGGUCUGGAAGCCAAUUUUGUUCCAAACGCUGAUGGUCUUAGGAAUGGUAGGAGUACUGGUGCUGAUUACAUAUUUCACUGUGUAUCGAUAGUGCUGCUAGCCGACAGACUUAAGUACUACGACACAGUAGCGACGAUAUUUAAAAAUGUGAUUCCAGUGGUGUCGACGAUCCUGAAUCAGCCGAAGAUAGAGUACAGGUCGCAGCUGUCGCUGAUAUCGCAGCCGCCAGAGUACUACUACGGCGAGGAGGAGUCGGUGAAGGACCAGAACAAGUACUCAGUGAGCCUGGGCCCGAGUAUGCCAAUACACUACAGCGUGUACCUGAACAACAAGCCGCUGAUAAGAAAAACGACACUAAACGAGAUGUACGACAAGAUAUACACGCUUAAGUCGCUGAGCGCAGAGAGGCCGUACUUCUCAAUAAGAGUGGACCGAGGAAUAGCACACACGACGCAGCUGCUCAAAAACUCGAUGUGGUUCCAAAGCACAAGCCAGAUACUUAACUGUAACCCGAACAUACUGAGAGCGAAGAAUAACCAGAGGCCGUUCAUGGUGGUCUUCAAAGGAGAAGGCUCGACAGACUUCGGAGGGCCCUUCCAGGAGCUGCUCACGUGCAUAUCGAACGAGUUCAUGUUCCCACUGGCGCCGGACAACGACUCGCAGACGGCAACGAUAAGGUGCCAGAACACGAUCAACAACUACGGAAUGCACCAGGACACGGUGCUGCUGAAGUUCAGCCACUACCCGAUACAUAAGCUGUUCAGCAACGUAGAGGAGACUGAGACGACGGACCAGGAAGAGGAGGCGGGAGCCAGACCGGAGGAGUCGGACGAGUGCUCAACGGUGGUCUCGGAGACGACGGACAAACUGUUCACAAUGGGCUGCUGCGACCUGGGACUGUGCUGCUCAAGCGGAUGCUGCUGCAUCUUGCCCUCACAGGCACUGGAGGAGCCGCUGGACAGACUAGACCUGGGAACGUCGUGCAGGUGCGGAGCAAGCGAAAUGUACUCGGAAGUGUGCAACCAGAAGAUCCCAAUGGAGCUGAGCAUGUACGAGAGCCUGGGAAGACUCUGCGCAAUGUGCGCGUGCAUGAUGAACCCAAUGAACAUCGCCAUUAACCCGAUCAUCUGGAAGAAGCUGCUCUGCUACGACCUGAAGCUGAUAGACCUGCUCGACUGCGACAAGAUCUCAGUGGACCUGCUGCACAGGCUCAAGUCGCUGAGCGCAACGGGAGUGGUGACUGAGGAGGACCUGGACGGACUGGUCUUCAGCCUGGAAGGAUGCGAGGGAGCAACAGUGGACCUGGUGGAGAACGGCUCGAACCUGCCAGUGCUCCCCUCGAACCUGGACAAGUACAUAAAGCUGUCGACGCUGUUUAGACUCUCGGAAGGAGACCUGGGGUGCACGUUCCUAGCCAGAGGAAUCAACUCAGUGAUUCCAAUAGGAAGGCUGCGGACGCUGCUCGACCACAGGUCGCUGGAGUUCGUGGUCUGCGGAGACUCGAUAGUGGACCUGUCGGUGCUGAGGGCGCACACGGUCUCGUACUCGAUCAACCUGAAGAGGGAUCUGUUCGACGUGCUCGCACGCUUCAACAACGACAUGCUGCAGCUGUUCCUGCGCUUCGUCUCGGGGAGGUCGCGGCUGCCGCACCCGAACUCGGACUGGUGCCUGCGCCUGGAGUACGACAACAAGGGAGACGUGGGAGCCGACUCGAGACUGCCGACCUCAGCAACCUGCAGCUUCAGGCUGCUGAUGCCCAAGUACUCAUCACUGGACGUGAUGCACAGGAGACUCAUCUACGCAAUCGAAAACUGUAUUGCAAUAGACCUGGACGCACACGUAAUACACGACGAAAUGCAACUGUCAAUCAACUAA